AUGACCUCCUCAUCGGUCGAGAGCUACGACUCGAGCAGCGUACUCGACUCGCCCACCGUCGGCAUUCCUAGACGCUAUGAGGACAGCACGAUUCAGCCGAGCAAGACUUCCGGCUAUGCUCUUUCUCGUGGCUCGGAUCUCACAAGACGCUAUACCACUCUGAGUCUGACUCUCUCCCUGCUCGCCCUUGUGCCCGUUGGCGUGAUAGCAUGGCCCGUGCUGGCGUUGCUGUCGAUCAUACCCUUUGUGGGCUUCGUCGCCCUGCCGUCUCUGCUCGGCCUGACGCUGUUCCUCGCCUUUGGCAUCGCCUGGCUGCCCUACCUCAUGCUCGCCCAGACGGAUUCCCCGGAAACGAGCCGGGUCAAAUCGAGCAAGAGUCGGGGCGCGCUUGCCACAAGGCGAUGGCCAUACUUGCCUUACUCGCCCAUGCGCUGUCUCAAGAUCGACCGUACCAUACUCAGAUGGGCAAGAGACGGGUUGAGACUCGGUCUGAUCGAAUUGAGCUUCGACUGGGCAUAUAGAAGGAUAAUGGUCAUGGGCGGCCAUGAAGCCAGAGAGAUCGUCAAAGAAGGCAUUCUCUAUUCCUCGCCUGUCAUAGACGACCAGAUAGAUGCAGAGAUCAGCUAUAUCAAUCACCAUGGCAAAAACGGCAGAUCGACCAGCGUCAGGAGAGGAAAACGGUUGGAUGUCUACCGCGCUUACAUUGCACCCUCGCAAGCUGCUGCAGCAGAUGCUCCACUCGAUACCUCGUCGAGUCGUGCACAGCCUGUCAGAUCACCCGUGAUUGUGUUCAUACCGUCUGCAAUGUGGACUUUUGGCAACAGGCGACAGUUCAUUCAGCUUGCGCUCAAGCUCAGACGAAUGGGACGCGUCGUCGUCAUCCCCGAUCUCACCUUGUACCCCGAGGGAUCUUGCAGAGAGAUGGUGCAUGAUAUCCGACGUGUGCUCGAGUGGGUCGGCGCGCACAUCACCAAUUACGGCGGUGACCCCAAUCAGAUCUACCUCAUGGGCCACGGGUCGGGCAGUCAUUUGGCGCUUCUGACGGUCGUGCAAGAAGCCGUCGUCCGAUCGAGGGAUGAGUACUGGCUACGUACAUAUCAGCAGAAGACGCUCAACUCUGCAAACCGGACGGAGAGCGUAGGCAGCGUGGGCGACGAGUCCAUCGGAAGCCAAGACGAGAUCGAGAUCUCUGCUGGCAUCCGUCGCGUCGAGAUCUGGGGCGAGUCUGCCGAUGUGCCCGACAUCCGGGGUCUCAUUUUGUUGUCUGGCAUUGCGGACGUGAUCAAGCACAUCCGCUACGAAGCAAAAGUACAGAUCGAGCAAUUCUCACCCAUGCGUCGUGCUAUCGGCCCGUCACAUGCAGCCUGUCUGAUGGCAUCACCUUCGCAUCUACUAUACGGAUCCAAGCAAGUCCUCGAUCCUGCCAAAUUACCCGGAAAGAUCCUGCUCAUGCACGGAGGGGCGGAUCGCGACGUGCCCAUCGCUCAGACGAUCCUGCUCAAGACUUUGCUCGUCGGAGUCGGAGCCAAGGACGUCAGGCUGAGAGCAUACAGGGACAUGUCACACAUGGAAGCUCUCACGGCCCUCAUGUUGGGCGCAAAACACUCCAAAUACUCUGCCGUCAUGGAAUCCGAGAUCCUCGAUCUCACGACCACCUGA